GCACACACUAUGGCCCACCACAUUUGUUCUUCACCUCCGUUCUUCUCUCCAUCAUCACAUUCUGCCCGUACUAUAUUCCUCUGCCACCAAUAUUGUCAUUUUCAUUCUUAAUGUUUUCUUAACUCCAAACAUGUAGUGGCGUUGUUCCUCGGUAACCAAAUUUCAGAUACACCCUUUCGUUUCUUUCUCCACUUUUUUUCUCAAAAAUAUCAAAUGAUCAAAUAGGAAGAAAGGGACUCUUAGUGUUGUUUGAAUGCAUAGGGUUUUGGGUUUUUCAAUGUUGUUCUGCUUGGUUGUUGAGAAAUCACCGUCAUCUAAGAGUAACAGGUGCUCUGUGAUCAUCGCUUGAAGAUUACUCCUCAGAAGAACAUGACUGUUGCGUGUGACAUGAAAGCUCAUACUCUUGUUACUGAUAUUGGAGGGGAUUCCUAUUCAAAGUAUGGCAAUGAAUUGAAUGAAGAAUAUAAAGAUAACACACUUGUGAAUCCUAAUGAUAAAAAUGGAAAAGGUGAUGGGGGAGUUGUUUGUUACAAGUGCUUGCGCGGGGGAACACUCUUGUACUGUUGUGGUAAAAGAUGUGGAAGGAGGUAUCACCCGUCUUGUUUGGAUCUUCCUCUCAAAUUUCUUCCUAUAGGGUUUUGGCAUUGUAUUUCUUGUAAUGAGAAAAAAAUAAAGCUUGGCGUGCAUUCUGUUUCUAAAGGGGUAGAAUCCAUAUUUGAUUCUCGAGAAGUCGUUUCCAAAGAUGAAGUUAUCGAAAGGGAGUACUUUGUCAAGUAUCAGGGCUUUGCUCAUGCUCAUAACUGUUGGAUUCCAGAAAAACAGAUGCUUAUUGAGGCUCCGAAGCUUUUGGAAAAGUACAAGAAGAAACAACAGGUUGUCAGGUGGAAAAAAGAUUGGAGUAUACCUCAACGGUUGUUGCUAAAAAGGAAAAUUAUUAUGUCAAAGCAAAAUGCUGACCCUUUUGAUGGAAAUGAUGACAAUGAUUCAAUUUGCCAAUAUGAAUGGCUUGUGAAAUGGGCUGGUCUUGGUUAUGAUCAUGUUACAUGGGAGUUAGACGAUGCUUCAUUUAUGAGAUCUUCUAAAGGCAUGAAACUUGUAGAGAAUUAUGAAAGUCGUCAAAAGAGAUCGGUUGGACUGUCGAAUCCUCUUGAAGCUAAUGAGGAGAAAAAAGUUUCCUUUACCGAAUUAUCGGUAUUAUCAUCAUUUGGAGAUUCACCUGGAUUGUAUAACCAGCAUUUGAGUUAUGUGAACAAGCUUCGCAUGUGUUGGCACAAAGGUCAGAGUGCUGUUAUCGUUGACGAUCAAAUUGACCAGGAGCGGAUUACGAAGGUGAUUUUGUAUAUAUCAUCUUUGAGUUGUAAUGUGAAAAGGCCUUUUCUCAUAAUCUCAACUUCUACUGGCCUCUCUACAUGGGAAACAGAAUUCUUAAAUUUGGCACCAUCUGCCAAUCUUGUAGUUUACAAGGGAACAAAAUAUGUACGCGAUAACAUCAGAGCGUUAGAGUUUGAUAAUGAAGAUGGUGGUAGUUCAUUUCAAAUAUUACUAUCAUCAUCUGAUAUCAUCAUUGAGGACUUACAUGCAUUGAGAUACAUUCAAUGGGAAGCAAUAAUAAUUGAUGAAUGCCAUCGACCCAGAAUUUUAGGACAGUUUGACAAUCUCAAUAUUCUAAAAGCUGAGACAAGGCUCCUUCUCAUCAGUGGACAAAUCAAGGAAGAUCGUGCGGAUUAUAUCAAACUCCUUUCAUUCCUUAAGUCAGGACAUGAUGAGUUACAUUUCUCAUCUGCAAGCAUCUCCAAUUUGAAGAGUCAAUUGGAACAAUAUAUUGCACUUAAGUGCAGUUCUGACUCAAGCAGGUUUAUAGAGUAUUGGGUUCCUGCGCAGCUUUCCAGUUUGCAGCUUGAGCAGUAUUGCUCAAUACUGCUUUCAAACUCAUUGCUGUUAUGCUCAGGCCAGAAGUCUAAUUCUGUUGAUGCCCUUCGUGACCUUAUUAUCUCAACAAGGAAGUGCUGCAACCAUCCUUAUCUCCUCAACCCGUCACUGAGUAGUUUGGUAACCGGAGGUCUGCCUGUUGAAGAGCAUUUAGAUAUUGGAAUAAAAGUAAGUGGAAAAUUGCAACUUCUUGAAAAGAUCCUUGUUGAAGCUAAAAGUCGUGAGCUAAAAGUGAUGAUAUUAUAUCAGUCUAGUGGUGGUUCUGGAUCAAUUGGAAAUAUUCUGGAUGAUGUUCUCUGUCAGAGAUUUGGAAAUGACUGCUAUGUACGAUAUGGUAGAGGUUACAUUCCUUCAAAGAAGCAAGCUGCUUUGGCCGCAUUUAAUGAUAGAGAAAGUGGACGAUUUGUUUUCUUGAUAGAGAGCAGUGCUUGUACCCCUAGCAUCAAGCUGUCAUCUGUGGAUACUAUUAUAUUAUUUGACAGUGGUUUGGACCCUCAAAAUGACCUAAAGUCCCUACAAAAAAUGUCCAUCAGCUCAAAGUUCAAAAAGUUACCAGUUUUGAGAUUGUACUCAUACUUCACUGUUGAAGAAAAGGUUUUAAUGCUUGCAAAAGAGGGAAUAGCUCUUGACAGCAACAUGCAGUUGAUUAGCCAGAGUACUAAUCACAGCCUGCUAAAAUGGGGUGCCUCUUAUCUGUUCAGUAAGCUUGAUGACUUGCAUGGAAGCGGAUCCUCUGCCUCUGCUUCAGACAUCUCUGAUCAUUCAAUUCUGAGUGAUGUAAUAUUUGAACUAUCAUCCAAACUGGUUUGUGAUAGCGAUGGAAUUGAUUGUCAUGGACAGUCAUUCAUAUCGAGAGUACAACAAAAUGGAGGGGAAUAUGCAAGAAACAUUUCAUUGCUAGGAGAAAGAGAAAUGAAGAAAUUGGGGAAUGAAACACAUACUUUUUCCUGGAGUGAUCUCCUAAAAGGAAGGUAUCCUCAUUGGAGGUUUUUACCUGUUUUACCUCAAAGGAUCCGAAAAAGAGUUGAAUAUUUUCAUCCCUCACUAACAGAAUCUGAGUAUGAAAAUGACACCAUUUCAAUAAGGAGGAAAACAGCGUCCAAGGAUAAUGUAGAUCCUGAGGAGAGGAAAGUCACCAAGGAUAGUGUUGACCCCAAAAGAAGGAAAAUGUCCGAGGAUAUUGUUGGUAGUAAAAGGAGGGAAUUCUCAAAGAGUGUUGCUGAUCCUAAGGAAAUUCUUGAUUCCAAUGGUUGUAAAGUGUCCGAGGAUAUUGUUGGUUCUAAACAUGUGAAAAAGAAGUGGAAGAACAAGAAGAAUCGAAGUCCUGGUAAAAGGAGAAGACAAUUGAACGGAGUAUCUGUAAUUAACAAACCGAUUCAAAAACUAAAGAAGCCGCCUGAGAUGCCCAAGAGCACCAAACUCUUGUCAAAGCCUGAUAUAUCAGAUCUCUGUGAUGUUCUACACAUUCCGGAAAAUGUCAAGGCUGUUGCCAUGAGGCUUCUUGAGUAUGUAUUUGAACAUUACAAUGUUUGUUGCCUGGAAGCUUCUAUAGUGCAGGCAUUUGAAAUAUCGGUGUGUUGGGUUGCAGCUUCUUUGUUGAAACACGAGAUUGAUAGGAAACAUUCACUUGAUCUUGCAAAACAACACUUGAAUUUCAAUUGCAAGGAGGAAGAGGCCACCUAUGUUUACGACAAACUGCAGAAGCAUGAGAAAGAUUUUUCAAGCUGUUUACAAAAUGAACUUUCUGUUGAGAAAAAUAAUACACAUAUUGGUUCAGACUCCUUGGCACCUGAGCUGAAAGAUUUGGUAGAGGAGGAGAAGCAAAAGGGUUUUCAGCAUCCUCACGUUUUAAAUCUUGUGAAAUCUCCCAAAAAUGAAGCUGAUCUUUCUAUAAAAUCUCCCACAAGUGAAAUUGAUCUUCCAAGAAAAUCUCCCACAACAGUGCUAUUUUCACAAAAUCAGAUUUAUACAGAAAACAUUCAUAAUGAACCUUAUAUGGCUCAUGAAAUUGCUACAUCUCAAAAGAACCCUGGUAGUUUUCCUAUGGAACCGGAAGCAGAUGCUACUUCCAUGGAAUGUGUUCCAGAUGAAGGAAUAAAUUCCAUAAACUUGGUAGCAGCUGAAGUUUCAUCGCUCGAGCACUGGAAUGAAGUCCCCAAUUCAAGUAAUGAUUCCAAUUAUGUCAACCAUGUUACAGGUUCUUUGGAAAGACAGAGUCCCAUUGUAAGUUCAGAUAUUACACCAUGUGAUGACAGUUUUUUUGAAGGUCUUCAAAUUUUUAUGAAUCAAGUGAUUGACAUUGACAAUUCUAUGAAUAUGUCAACUCCUUCUGCACAACUUCUCAAUGUUGAGACUGAUCCUGUAACUUGUGAUAGAACUGAUGUUCCUGAGGUAACACAGCCAUACAGUACAGUGAGGCCUGUAUGUGGUGAGUCAACUACUUCGGAGUUUUCUGAGUGGCCUUUACCAUAUACACAACUAUCACUUGCAGAUUUAGUGGCAUUUUCACAGACAUCACAACCCACCAGUGAAGCGCCCGAGAAUGAAAAUUUCACUUGUGCGCCUCAUGACAUCACCAAUCCUGGAUAUAUGAACAGUGAUCAUUUUCAAGCUCAUUACGGGCCAUUUGAAAUGCCAAUUGAAAUGCCCCUUGAUGCAGACUCAUUAUUAAUAGAAAUGGAGCAAAUAAUAAAGAAUAGGGAAGAAGCCUACAAGACACGCGAAGAAAAAAUAUUGCAGCUGCAGUCCGACUACACAAAGGAGUACGAAAUGUUAAGGGAAAAGUACAAUAUGUUGCUUCAGAAUGUUGAUACUGCAGAAGGAUUAAAGAAUGAGGAACUUGAGACACAGCGUAAUAUCGUUUCCAAGAGUAUGAUAUUAGCUGACAUUUGGUGCCGAAAUUAUAGUUGUUUCUAUAGAAAUUUGCAGCAGAAUGAACAUAUCAUGGAAACGUCCAUCUUUGAUUCACCAUACCACUCGUAUCCCUGCUCAAUGACACCACCAGUUUAUGGAAACUUCCAUCUAUGAUUCACCCAUCCUUGUUCACUCUAACAAUGGUAGGCUACUCCCGCAGAAACCUAGAAUUCAGGUCAGCGGUUGCUUCAAAAUUAGUUCGACUGCAACAUUAGUUACAUGUAGGGAACAUUGGUAGAAACAUACUGACAGGUUAUACAAAGAAAGUUUCAUUUUGAUGACUUAGUUUUUGAAAUCUUCAGCCAUUUCACCUGGAUGAUGUAUUUUGUAUAGAAUUCUGAUAUGAUGUAAUCAUCUGGCACAACUAAUAUAAAUAGUUUUCUUUAAGAUAGUGAAUUAAGGCAAUAGAAUGGUUAAUUAACCACUCUCUACAUAGUCGGAUUUUUAAGAAAA